UGGAAGUAUUGACACUACAUGGACGCAACUACAGUAUUGGGGUUUUCAGCCAACUGACUGCUGCCGUGUGUCGGAGGGGGGUCGGUUGAACCGGUGUAGUUUUUAAAUACUGGCGUCUCUGUGCACAGUGUAGAGCCAUGUCUCCAUCAGUACCCCUGCAGGAGAUGAUCCGGGCCAUCAGGUCAGCCAGGACACAGUGUGAGGAGCGCGGUGUCAUCCAGAGGGAGUGUGCAGCCAUCCGGGCACAGUUCAGACAAGUUGACAAUGGGGCACGAUCGCACAACCUUGCCAAGCUACUUUAUGUGCACAUGUUGGGCUACCCAGCUCACUUUGGUCAGAUGGAGUGUGUUAGGAUGAUAGCCAGCCCACGCUACAGUGAGAAGCGAGUGGGAUAUCUGGGAGCCAUGAUGCUGCUGGAUGAGAAGCAGGACGCCAGCCUGCUCAUCACCAACUCCAUCAAGAAUGACCUGUCUCACAGUAACCAGUAUGUACAGUCACUGGCUUUGUGCACUCUGGCCUGUAUGGGUUCAGCUGAGAUGUGCAGAGAUCUGGCGCCAGAAAUUGACAGGUUGCUCCGAGCCUCCAACUCCUAUAUUAAGAAGAAGGCUGCUCUCUGUGCCGUUCACAUCGUGAGAAAAGUCCAGGAUCUGGGGGAGCUUUUUGCCCCGGCUGCUCGGUCCCUCCUUUCUGAGAAGAACCACGGUGUGUUACAUGGUGCUGUGGUACUCAUCACUGAGCUGUGUGAGCGCAAUCCAGAGACACUUGAGAGGUUCAGGAAGACAGUGCCAGAUCUGGUUCAGAUCAUGAAAGGCCUGGUUAUUUCCGGUUAUUCUCCAGAGCACGAUGUGGCAGGAAUCAGCGAUCCCUUCCUACAGGUGCGCAUCUUGAGGUUGCUGAGAAUCCUUGGUCGCAACAACGAAGCAGCCAGUGACGCCAUGAACGACCUACUUGCUCAGGUGGCGACCAACACUGACAGCACUAAGACUGUAGGCAACGCUGUGCUGUAUGAGACUGUUCUCACUGUGCUAGACAUCAAGUCAGAGAGCGGCCUCAGGGUCCUUGCCGUGAACAUUCUGGGAAGAUUUCUGCUGAACAACGACAGGAACAUUCGGUAUAUUGCCAUGACCUCUCUUCAGAGGAUUGUUGGGACAGAUCACAAUGCUGUGCAGCGCCACAGGGGAACCAUAGUGGACUGCCUGAAGGACCAGGACGCUUCUGUCAAGCGUCGUGCACUGGAGCUCUCCUUAGCUCUGGUGUCAGCCUCCAACAUCCGCUCCAUGAUGAAGGAGCUGCUCCUCUUCCUCUCCUCCUGCCCUCCAGAGCUCAGAGCUCAAGCUGCAAGUGGCAUAUUCUACGCAGCUGAAAGGUAUGCACCCUCCCAGCGCUGGCACAUUGACACCAUCCUGCAUGUCCUCACCACGGCAGGGGGCGACGUGAGGGAUGAAACUGUGCCCAACCUGAUCCAGCUCAUCACCAACGCCUCGGAGCUGCACUGCUACACUGUCCACAAGCUUUACCGGGCUCUGCUCAAUGACAUCUCUCAGCAAUCCCUGGUGCAGGUGGCCUGCUGGUGUAUAGGAGAGUAUGGAGACCUGCUGCUGAGAGGAGAGUGUCAGGAGACUGAGCCUGCACAGGUCACUGAGGACGACGUCCUGGAUGCAUUGGAAACUGUUCUACAGUCCCACAUGUCGUCCCCAGCAACUAGAGGCUUUGCUCUCACUGCCACCAUGAAACUGAGCACACGCAUCCUUGAUAAUGUGGAUCGGAUCAGAAGCAUCGUCAGCAUCUAUGGCAGCUGUAUAGAUGUAGAGCUCCAGCAGAGGGCAGUUGAAUACAAUGCUCUGUUCAGAAAAUAUGACCACAUGAGGGCAGCAGUGCUGGAGAGGAUGCCUGUGAUUGAAAAGAACUCUCCGGGUCAUACCAAUGGGGAGUCAGCAGGGGAACCUAUGAAGGAGAUCCAGCCACCCAAAGUCAAGCAGGGAGAGCCACUGCUGCCACAACAACCUGCUAACCAGGUGUGUGAUCUCUUGGGCCUGCUGGGUGGCUCUGAGGAGCCUCUGCAGCCCAGCCCAGCACCAGGCCUGUCACUCAACACAGCCAGUACUGCAGGAGGAGACCUCCUGGAUCUGCUUGGGGGGUUAGAGCCAACGCCCCCUGCACCAGCUCCCACAGUGACGGUGUAUGAGAAAGACGGUGUGACUUUGACACUAAGUUGUGAGAAACAGUCAGACUCGGUCCUGACAGUCACACUCACAGCCUCCAACUCCACUGACUCAGACAUGAGCAGCUUCACCCUGCAAGCUGCCGUACCCAAGAGUGUCCAGUUACACAUGAAGGCCCCCAGUGGGGACUUCCUCCCUGCACGAGGCGCAGCUAAGGUGACCCAGAUGGUGGUCCUCAACAACCCAAACAAGGUGAACCUGAAGAUGAGGAUCCGUGUAUCAUACACCAGCCAAGGAUCAGCCUUUCAGGAUACAGUCCAGAUUGACUCCUUCCCAGGACUCAGUGCUGCCGGACACUGACCGCAGUUAGUCAGUCCAACUGGACUAUGACAACAGUCUGUGGAUGAGUCAGCAGGCGUCACCCUCACUGACAGUCUGCUGUAAAAACCCUCUACACUGCAGUCCACACUGCUGUUUCUCAAACACACAGUUUUGUUGGUGUUUUUAUGACUGAGAAACACUGUUCUUUCACAGGAAACCACAGCCUUGUGUAUGGAGUCACAUACAGGCCGGUGACAAAUUAAAGGAAAAACCAAUAUUAAGUGUCUUACAAAGGUGAUGGGGCCACAGCAAGCUACCAGAACAGCUUCAGUGCUUCUUGGCUUUGAUUCUACAUAUCUCUGAACUGGACAUUCUUCCAAAGAUAUUCCCUCAUUCUGUGUUUUGAUGAUGAUGGUGGAGAGCGUUGUUUAACAUAUCUGUCCAAAAUCUUUCAAAUGUGUUCACGUGGGCUGAGAUCUGGUGACCACAAAGGUCAUAGAAUAUGAGUCACAUCAUUUUCACAUUCAUCAGAACACUGAUGGCCCCUUGUGCCCCAUGCAUCGGCAUCCUAACAGAGACCACUCUCAUCAGGAUAGAUAUGUUUCAUCAUAAGAUGAAGGUGAUCACUCAGAACAACUUUGCAUUGAUCUGCAGUGAUCCUUCCCCCUCAGGGAACAAGAGACCCAAACCAUGUCAGCAAAAUGCCCCCUCAGCAUGACAGAGCCACUGGAUCCCCUCACUGCAGGGGUCAGGUAUUCAGACCUGUAUCGUCCUCUUGGAGUACGACACACAUGCACUCACUCGCUUAUCAAGAAUAUGAUGACGGAUCUGACCAUAUCACUUUUUUUUUCCUGUAGACCAGUGCCAGCAACCAGUGGUUUCUGCUCCACUGAACUCUCAGAUGUGCAUUCAUCUUUGUAAUGAGGGGUGUAUGCACUGAAGCCCUGCUAUAAUAUCCCUCUCUAUGUAAAUGUUGACAGACUGUUGUUGCUGUAGUCCUGUAUUGACAUUCUCAGUCACCUGAGGAUGAGCUGCUCUUCUGUUUUUCCUCACAUAUCACCCACUUAGAUCUUUUCCUCUUACCAUCUUGAUACAAAAUCAGAAUCACCUGGGUCUGCUCAGUAUUUUAUACGUGUCACAGAGCAUGAUUGGAUAUUAACUGCUUAAUUGUACCAUGCAGCGGAAGCAUCUGCAUUCAUUACAUUUCUCCACUUAUUUAUUCAGGUUUUUCCUUUAAUUUGUCACCCGUCUGUAGUUUUCCCCUCCUGGAACUGAAGAAUAAUGUGGUUUAUGACACAGGCUUUGGAAUAUGGAGGUAUAAUACAGAAAUAAGAUAACAGUAGUAGUUUUUCUAGAAUGAUUGGAAUGACAACUGUCCAUACAAAAGUCCAUUAAGUAUCAUUCAGGGUUUUUUUUUUACAAGCUACUCCAGUUGAUUGUUUUCAGAAUGUUUCACGCCAUAAUUACCUUGUUUACUGUGGCUUCUGUCAGUAUACACCACUAGAUCAACUCUCCCCACACAGCACUCCAUGUAUACUCCAACACAAUGUGAUUUCUCACUUUUCCUUUAUUUGACUUUCUCUUCUUCAUUUAGUAGAAAAGCAGCUCAACACUAACUAAUGAGCCACUACUACUAAUAUGAAGUUCUUUUAUCCACUAUACUUAUUUGGAAAGGCAAGGACAUGACUUUUAGUCUUAAGGGUAGAAAGUUUUAAACACAACCAUAUGUCUUGUCUCACUUAUCUUCUGUAAUUCUAUUUUCCUAGCUCAGUCAGCUGAACAGCUCAGAGUGAUUGACUCUCCAACUCCUAAUUAUUUCCCCUGUGCCUUUCAUCUCCUCAAGAACUGAGGUUUUCCAAAAAAAAAAAAAAAGAAGUAAUAUUUAAUUUUGAAGGCUAAGAAAUGGUUUUAAAUUUAAGCAGUUCUGUAAUAUAAACAUGUUUUUAUCAUUCCCAUACAAGCAACACUUGCUUUACCUGACCAUUAUCUCCUUGUCAAUUGUUUACAGAAGCUCCUUAAUAAGUUGUUGUAUUUUCUGAGGACUGUGUAUAGUGAUAAAAGAUGAAAAAUGGGCAUGAUGCUGUUUACAAGAUGUAUAUUUUAGAUAUUAAGUGUAUAAGCACAAUUAGAAAUGUAUUUUGGAAAUCUCUAAUACAACCCUUUGUUGUAGAAGGACAAAAAAUGGGCUGUAAAACACACCAGAUGAAGAAAGAUCCCCUUAGUGAUAACUCAUCUCAUAAUCACAGACCUCUUUUAAAAACGCUGGAGACUGGAUGUAAGCAAUGGUGCUCUAAAUUGAUUUCAGUGCAAUCUCUACUAGACUGUUUCAGAUCACUAAUUAAAAUGUACAGAAAAGACCAAGGGGAAGUAUUCUAUCAACUGUUUAUAUUGUCUUUGAAUCUUCAGUCUCAUGUCAUUUUCUAAUAAAAAUCAGUUUUCAGGAUCCUCAA